AUGGCAGUGCAAGUCGAAGAUUUUGAAGUCCAUCACGAGAAGGAUAGCAUGGAUUUUUACGUGUUACUCCUUGAACCAGACUUGCUAGGACGUCCCUACCAACCUUCUUCAUCGUCGCCCGCGGAGCCUCAAUUUCUGAUCAAGUUUGAUUAUCAUAUCAAUCAUAUCUACUAUGAUAUUGGUUCCUCAUAUGAUAUAGGAACCGGUUGUAACACCACCCUCGUCCACCAACAUCAAGAAAAACAUGAAAAAAUAGUUGAACUUGAGAAGCCUGUGUUGAGGAAAUGCGGCAAGUCGUACGAGUUUCUUUCUAAGGUGUUGUCGACGAUUGGAAUCAAAAGAGGAUCAUAUGAUAAUGGCGGAUUGCAUGAUGAAAUAAUGAGUGGGAUUAUAAAGUGGGGUGCCAAAUUUCCACCGCCAAAGUUGUCCAAGGAGAGUCCAGAGCUGUGGGGGCUGUAUGUUUAUAUUGGAAAAGACCAUGACAUGUAUCGCUGUGAUGAGUGUUUAAUGGCUAGGGUUACGAGGAAAUCAAUGGCGAGCAAGGGGAUGGUGUCGAUCAAGAAGGUAGUAAAAAAUGUCUCAAUUCCCCGAUAUCGAUUGUAUUGA